AAUCUCUCACAUCAAAACUUGAUCAUCAUGGGUAAACGUGGAAAGAAGGGUGGCAGAGGCGGCGAGCGCCAAAACUGGCAGCAAAUCUCCAGAGAGAACGAGAAGUUCGAGAAUUACUACAACUCUCAGGGAUUUAUUCCGGAGGAGGAGAAGGAGGCCUUUUGGACCGCUCUCAAGAGAGAUCUCCCUAACAGUUUCCGAUUCACUGGCUCGCGAGGCCAUGCUCUUACCGUUCAGAAGAAACUCAAGAACCAAUAUAUCCCCGAGAUCACCUCUAUUAAAUAUGAGGGCGACUUUGUCGAGCCCCCUCGCCCGGUCCCCUGGUAUCCCGAUGAGCUCGCCUGGUCCAUGACCACUCCCAAGCAGGUCGUUCGUCGCUUUGCGCCUUUCGCAUCCUUCCAGAAGUUCCUCGUUGCCGAGACCGAGGUUGGCAACAUCAGCAGACAGGAGGUUGUCAGCAUGAUCCCCCCGCUCCUGAUGGAUCUCAAGCCUGGAAUGACGGUUCUGGAUAUGUGCGCCGCCCCCGGAAGCAAGUCCGCGCAGUUGAUGGAGAUGGUCCACACCGGUGAAGAGGAAGCUAUGCGACAGGUUACUCAGCAGGUUGCCGAAGGCACGGCUGGCGAUGAACCGAUCGGACCUGAGGGUCUCAACGACGAUGGCAGAACCACCGGCUUGCUGAUCGCCAACGAUGCCGACUACAAGCGCGCACACAUGCUUAUUCACCAGAUGAAGCGCCUGAGCUCCCCGAACCUGAUUGUCACCAAUCACGACGCUACUUUGUUCCCCUCGAUCAAGCUGCCCUCCGAGCCCGGCGUCAACGGAAAGCCUGGCAAGGCUCGCUACCUGAAGUUCGACCGUAUCCUGGCAGAUGUGCCUUGCACUGGUGAUGGAACUGCUCGGAAGAACUGGGGAGUCUGGAAGGAUUGGAACGCCAACAAUGCUCUGGGAUUGCACGCCACCCAGGUCCGCAUUCUCGUCCGUGCCCUGCAGAUGCUUAAGGUUGGCGGCCGAGUCGUCUACUCCACUUGCAGUAUGAACCCCAUUGAGAACGAGGCCGUCAUUGCUAGUGCGCUUAACCGGUGUGGCUCUGCGAACGUCCGCAUCGUGGACUGCAGCAAGGAGCUUCCGGAACUGAAGCGCGCUCCUGGUCUUCGCUCCUGGAAGGUGAUGGACCGUGAAGGUCGCUUUUAUGACAGCUGGAAGGAGGUCGAAGAGCGCAAGGAGAAGGAAGGUAUCAGUGGUUUGGGCAGAAUCGCUGAAGGCAUGUUCCCGCCUACCGAAGACUUGCCUCUUGAAAGGUGUCUCCGCAUCUACCCCCACAUGCAAGAUACUGGUGGUUUCUUCAUUGUUGUCCUUGAGAAGUUGUCGGAGAUCCGCGCCAAGCCUGAGGACUCUUCUAAGGUUAUUCCCAAGGCCUCUAUCGCUGCGCUUGCUGAAGAGCUGGAGUUCAAACAGAAGCAAGGAAGCGGAGAACCUUUGGGGAAGAUCGAUGCUUUGGAUGACCUCGUCGCUCACGACAAGGAGGCGGAUCUGGAGGCGGAGAAGAACGCGACCGUUGCCGAGGCUACACACAAUCUGCCUUAUUCGGCCAUCACCGAGCCAUCUGCCGCUAAGCGUGAUGCGGACAGUCUUGAAGAUGGGCUCCCUGCUAAGCGGACCAAGCUUGAGAAUGGCGCUGAGGUUGUCGUGGGUGACCGUCCUAUCCACCCUCCUGCACCUGCCGUCGCCGAGGUUGAGACUUCCGAUGCCACUCCGGCUCCCGCGGAAACCACACAGGCUUCGACCGACUCGAAGCCUCAGGCUCCUCAGAAGCGGAGGAAUGGCCAACCGGUUGAGGAACCGUUCAAGUACUUGGAUCCUAACCACACCGAGCUCGACCCGAUCUAUGAAUUCUACCAGAUUUCCAAGCGGUUCCCCCGGGACCGCUUCAUGGUCCGCAACGCUGAGGCCAACCCGACGAGAACCAUCUACUACACUAGCGCCCUGGCUCGCGAUAUCCUGAGCUCAAAUGAGGGAGCUGGUAUGAAGUUCGUGCACUGCGGUGUCAAGAUGUUUGUGAAACAGGACGUGCAACGUGAAGGCGUAUGUCGCUGGAGAGUGCAGACCGAUGGCCUGAGGAUGCUCGAGCCUUGGCUUGGCCCUGCUCGGGCGGUCACCCUGACACAGAAGGAGACUCUGCGGAGCCUUCUCGUGGAGAUGUUCCCGAAGGUUGACCAAGAUGGCUGGAAGGAACUCGGGGAGAUCGGAGAGCGCGUUCGGGACAUCCCCAUGGGAUGCAGUAUCCUUUACAUCCGGCCUGCCCCCGGUCAAGAAGGUUUCACUGAGAACAUGGCCCUUCCCCUUUGGCGCUCGAUGUACUCUGUCAACCUGAUGCUUCCCAAAGAGGAUCGCCGCGCGAUGCUUCAGCGUCUGUUCAACGACAACACCCCGCUGGUGAACACUACGCACAAGCGCUCAGCGGAGACCGAAUCCUCGACUCCAGUGACUCCUGCGCUUGAGGAGGCUACCGGAGAAGAAACCCCCGCUGCUGCUCCCAUGGAGACGGAAGAAGACGUGAUUCAACGGGAGAACAUUGCGCUGGGUGAGGCCGAGCAGGAACAGAUGGACUCUUGGGAAACUUAUACAAAGGCUGGCGACGAGGAGGAUCGCUUCAACACGACUGUAUAAUACUUUUGAGGCCCUUUUCGGAAACAUUUACCGGGCGGCUAGGCC